AUGCCAACCCAUCCUAGGACCUCGAUAGCCUCCUCCGGUUCUCGACCUACUCCCCUGGCAAUCUCCUUCAACAACAACGAGUCGAUCGAACACACCAUCAGCUAUUCGGCUAACCAAGAUGACCUCAGAAGACGAUCCAACCAACUAGCUAGACUCGCUCUCAGGGCUGAAUCAGCCUCCAUCCGCUCAUCCACCCUGACUGAUCACUCAUCCUACGGAGACACUCCUCCAAGAAUCAAUCCCGAGAACAUCCAGAAUACUCAAGAGAUGAAUUCAUCACAGGUUUUGCAGCAAACUUCAUCCACUCAACCCGUCAUCAAAAUACAACCACCCGAUGAACGCAGUCCGUUCUACUUUGGACACUACUAUGAUACCCAAGCACCAAGCGCAGAGCCCAACAACUUAUAUGGAACCCUACCCAAACCGAUCGCGAAUUCUCGCUCGAAACAGUCCCGGCCAAUUCUCCGAUUCGCACAGGAUCUCGUCGGAACAUUCCCAGCCGUCAUCCUAGGCCUGAUGAUGAACGUGCUCGAUGGCGUCAGUUACGGCCUGAUCAUGUUUCCGACCGGCGCUGGUAUCACCACCUUCGAUGGCUUUGGUGGGAUCGGAAUCAGCAUGUUUUUCAUGACCUGUAUCGUCAGUCAGCUCGUCUAUUCACUCGGUGCCUCUGCUUUUCCUGGUGGCAAUGGCAGUAUGAUGAUCGAGAGUGUACCGUUUAUGCAUGUAAUUGCCAAGAAAAUCAUCAAGGGGAUUGGACCGGAGCAUCCUGAAGAAAUCAUCGCGACUACGAUGGUCUCCUUCGCUAUGUCUUCGAUCCUCACUGGGGUCGCCUUCUUUGGCCUGGGUGCACUUAAACUUGGAAAUCUGAUGGGCUUCUUUCCCAGGCAUAUCUUGGUCGGCUGCAUAGGCUCUGUAGGCGCGUUCUUAAUGGUGACAGGUAUUGCGGUUACCGGACAUCUGGAUGACGGCUUUUCAUUUUCUGGCAGCACACUCCACCACCUCAUUCGAGCCAAUAUUCUUCCUUUAUGGCUUGUUCCGCUCGGUUUGGCCGUCGCCUUGCGCGUCCUAACCUCGUUUUUCAACCAGCCAUUCGUAGUGCCCACUUACUUUUUGACUAUCCCAUUUCUGUUCUAUGGUAUCACUACUAUGGCCGGUAUCCACCUUGGCACCCUGCGCUCUACCGGAUGGGUGUUUGACAUCAAUCUCUCAGAAAACACUAGCCCCUUUGCCUUUUACUCCCUCUUCAAAUUUCACGCUGUCGAUUGGAAAGUCUUGAAGACCACGCUCAUGGAGCAAGUAGCUAUGGUGAUAUUUGGACUUCUACACGUGCCCUUGAACGUUCCCGCAUUGGCGUUAUCAUUGGGCAAGGACGACGUUGACAUCAAUAAGGAAUUGAUCGCACACGGGAUCUCAAAUACUCUUGCUGGAUUGACAGGCACUGUUUCCAACUAUUUAUGUUAUGUCAACUCUGUACUCUUUGCACGAGUUGGGGGAGAUUCACGUCUGGCAGGCGCAGUAUUGGCGAUAGUGAUGAUGGGUGUUUUCGCCGUUGGGCCAGGUGUAAUCGCUUACCUCCCUAUAUGUGUAGUCGGUGCAUUGAUUUAUGUACUCGGUAUCGACCUCCUCAAAGAGGCUGUGUGGGAUACUUGGGGCAAGGUUAGCUGGGUCGAGUAUGGCACAAUCUGGGCUAUCAUCAUUGCUGCAACGUGGCAUGAUUUUGUAGUGGGACUCAUUGUCGGUGUUCUUCUAGCUUGCAUGUCUUUUGUGGUGACAUCAUCCCAGCACAAACCAAUUCGAAGUGUUAUGGAUGGUUGCACUGCCCGAUCUACCGUCCGGAGGCAUCCGACUCAACAUGCGUUCUUGAAACGAGUGGGCAUGAAAACUCGGGUCAUCAAAUUACAGGGUCAUUUGUUCUUUGGCACCAUUUCGGCCUGCGAACAACUAAUCAAGAGUAUCCUACAAAGUGCCGACAAGCAAUCAAUCCAGUUCUUGGUUGUUGAUUUCAGUUCCACAGCGUCAAUCGACUUCAGCGCAGUCGAAGCCUUUUUAAGAAUCCAUCGACUGUUAUUGUCAAAAUCCAUCGUAUUCGUUAUUUGCGGAACCGCAAAUCAAGUUUCGAAAGCUUUGAGAAGUGUUGGCUUAUGGAGCAGGGACUCGAUAGAAGUGUUUGAGCAUCUAAACCAAGCCUUAGAACAUUGUGAGAAUGUGUACUUGAGAAAUCUAUACUUCCGUGGAGAAUCCGAUCAUCCACGAACAGCUCUAGCCAAUUCGCAGUACGGUUUGGUGGUUCCACGGGGAUCUAGCCCAGAAGUAGCAUCCCCCAGCCCUAGCCCACGCCGAUCUUUUAGGGCUUCAGCAUCGGCUCGAAAAAAAGCUACUCCCAACAAUGAAGCACGUUCUCUUGCGGAUAUGGAUACGGAUGCAUUCAACAUGGCCCGGAGUAUUCUGCAGCCUCUCCCCUUGCUCUUGCAGACUUUCAGGCCUUUUUUACCAGAUGAGAAUGAAUCAUUUUGGCUUCAGAUUGCACCGUACUUUCAGCGAGUAGAGUUCAAGCGUGAACUGCCCAUUUGGAGGAUUGGUACUAAGGCCGACUGCUUUUAUCUAAUACAGAGUGGGAUCUUGAAGGCGUCUUAUGCAUGGCCCACCCUAUUACCUUUGAAGAACGACGCAUCAAUGACCACCCAAUCACUUGGACGGAAAACCCAAAUUGAAGAAAGUAUGCUACCUGGCACUGUAGCGGGAGACCACACCUUCCUAGCCCAGCUAGAUCGUAAUACGAACGUGACGGCGGAGACGGAUGCGAUAUUGUGGAAGAUGGACCGCGCAUCGUGGGCGAAAAUCGAUAUCCAUUCGCGAGAAAUCAUCGGUAUAGGAUUGUUGAAAAUGGCUGCUGUCGAAGAGGAAGUAUUAAUCGGACAUCUGUUUACUCGGUUUUAA